AUGUCCACGUCGUUUCAAGAAUUCAAAAUAUUCUGCAACAAGACCGGGCUAGACUUCCAGUGGGUCAACAUACAGUCUCCCAAAUCCGUUCCAGAAAAUAACCCCUCCGAAAGUCCUCCGGUCAUCAAUCACCUCGUUCAAGAAAAGGUCAGACCCGCUACCGAACCGCUUAAAACUGAAGUGUCCAGAGAAUCUGUCAGCAAUAUUCUUAAUGAUUUCAAGAAUGCUCCGCUUUGGAGUGUAUUCAAGAAGAAUAGUCGUGCCGAUUCUUCUACCGUGGCACGUUCUGGAGUAAGUUCAAGGCAUGUGUCAGAAAAUACGCCUGGAACAAAGACAAACGAACCGAUGUCGCUCAAGCAGGAGAACAUCACCAUAAUAAAUGGGUUGCCCCGAAAAUCCUCUGUAAUGCGCCAAGAGAACGACACCGCUGUGACAACCUCCUACUCUUUAAACAUCCCCUGCAACCUUAUCUCCUCUCACAACGGUAAUAUGCUUCCACAUUCUCCUAUGCAAGGAAACAAUGCGCCUGUAUCGUCCGCAACAGACUCCAUGUCAUACAACAAUGAGUCAGUACCUUCGUUGGCUUCAUCCGUAAGCACAUCCUCCUCCGUUUAUUCACCAUGGGAUCCUCCCCAUCCCCCCUCGUUACAGUCACUACCAAACGGUAUUUCCACAUCGUUGGAUCCAGAAGUCUCUUGUCUCAAAUGCUGCCGCACGAAUAACUAUAGACCAAGAGAGACUAAUGUUCAAAGCAACGCCUGUUCUCCAACAAACGUUUCCAUUCUUCCCAAACGUGCUUCAAGGCCAGGGUCAGAAGGAAAUACGGCCUCUCCCCCCACUGCCCGUGAUCAAGAUAUAAGCUGCGAUACCUAUUCUGCUGCUGCGUUCACAGAGCCCGACAGCACGGUUGUUACUACAGUCCCUUCAUACAUGCAGAGGUACCUCGAUAAGCCCCAGAAUUGGUUUGAAAGCACUAUGGGGAAGUACUGUCCACUGUUCCUAAGAGGCACAAAGAACAUUGAUUACGAUUCAUCCGAAUUCAAAUUUGAGCGCAAGAUGAUAGCAGUUCAAUAUCUGCUUUUGGAUGAGCGUUCUGAGCCCAGAAGGUUCUACAACCCUGUCAACAAAAGCGUUUCGUUCUGGAAAAGACUAUUCAACUUCGAUACAAUGCCCAGCUAUGACCAGCUCUUGGAUGAAGCAGAACACCAUUUCAAUUCAUACCAAUACAGGUACGCAGGUUUCCAGAGGAUAGAGCCCUACUCCGUAUUCUGUCCCUGGAAGAACGCCCAAAGAGAAAUAGACUUGGUCCUCGAUCACAUCCACUUUUCUCUAGAUAUUGGCAAGAAAAGGUCUAUGAACCGAAGGGGCAACAUCACUUUCGAUACCUUAGACAGUACAGUCGGUCGCGAUGUCCAUAUCAAGCCCUAUCAGUAUUUUACCUCCAACAACCUAGUGUAUGAAGGCCUAUCACAUCCUGCCGAACAAUCCUCCAUUAUAAGCCCUGACACCUCGCUUAUCGAAAGGGCAUAUCAAGAACUAGUAAAGAUUUGCAAGGUGCCUACUUCAUCUUUCAAUGACUUUCCUGGCCGCAAUCAUAAUAGCGCUCCUCAGCUUACCGUCCCAAAACCAUCCAGACCAUGUCGCUUGCUUCUAGUUCGUGAGUCUCGCACAGCCACAGAAUCAGAAGUCAAUAAGAACUAUUGGCGCUACCCAAAAAGAAAGCAUACCGAGGUUAUCGUACCAACGCCUCCACGCCGGUCUGAGACGGCAAGUCUCUUUCAAAAAUGGUUCUUUCUUCUCGUACGCCCAUGA